AUGCCCGGCUGCGGCAAGAAGUGUGGCAAGCAAAAGAAACGACAGUCGAAAGUCUCAAGAAAGAGUGAGGACAAAUACGCAGCGACUGAGUACGCCUCUGGGGUCGAAGUGGCAACGGACUUGGAUUCGAUAUUAACCGACGCGACAGAAUACCAGACAAUAUCAGGAAGGAGUACAGGAACUGCCAGAACCAAGGGAAGACGAACUCCGGGAAGGAAGAGGGACCAGAGACCGCAAAGGGAAGCAAGUGCUCGCAAGAAGCCCCAAAAAUCCCCCGAGAGAUUUCCCAAUGACGAUUACUCCUCGGAGAGGAGCUACCCAUCGACCCCGAGUGGAAAAAUCCCCGGGAAAAAACGGAGAACUCGACCGUCCAGCGAAACUGAAGAAGACAUUUCCGAAAUGACGAAGAGUUCCUCAAAAUGCGCCACAGUGAAUCUGUCGAAAUUCCUGGGGGAAGAGUCGACAGAAACUGAAUCCUGCGAGGACGAUGAGGACGGGAUUGGGUGCGAGGAUGAGACGUGCGGAGGGGGGAGAAUUGGAGUGAAAACAAAGCGGAAGAGACCGCCGUCGGAGAGUGAGUCCUCGGACGAGGAGACCGCCAGUAGCUCGGAAAAAUGUCCAGAAUUGUGUGAACACGAUCCCACAAAACUUCCCGAGGAGAAGCCGAAGAAGUGCGACAGCAAUUGCCGGAGGCAGAAGUGGCUGGAGAGACAGAGGGAGAAGAAACAAGCGGAGAUGGAUGAUUACUUGCUGCGCAAGGGCUUCCGGUACUUCGAUGACAUGUGCAAGUGCUCGCUCAAGUGCAUCUUGUCGCAGAUGUACGUGGACCCCUUCAUGAGAAAUGUCGCUUUCUCCACGGUGGGGUUUUUCCUGGGGAUCAAACUGUGUUGGGAGCUCGAUGGGUUCUACAUCAUCUUCUGA